AUGCAGCAACAUUCUAUGCCACAGGGUUGGCAAGGCACCUGGCCCCCACCAGCUGGUGUUGCUCUUCCUCCAAACUUUCCUGGUCCACCAUCCAUGCCGCCUGGCGCCAACACUCACCCACAUUGGAAAGCUGGCUUUUGGCAGUAUAAACCUACCUCCAACAUGAAUGGUGCAGGUCCCGGUGUUUACUGGGCAACCGGCAUGAGGUGGGCUCGGAAUGUCCCUGCUAACUUUAAUCCUUACAAGCGCGUCCCCCGUCCUGCAAGCCCGAGCUACUGGAGGACACAGCUCUCCGAAAAUGGUCUUGGUUUUGGAGAAAGAACAUGGUCCCUGCAAGGUGUGUGCGUGAUUUGGCCUCCAAACUACGUUCGCAAGAUGGAAGGCGUAUCGAAUCUAACAUAUGCAUGUCUGAACUCGGUACAGUAGCGCUCCUCCUUUAGAGUCAAAAUUCACCACCGCAACCCUCACCCGUGCACUUGGAUCCAGUGUUCCCUUUCUACUCAUGCAUCUCCCUCCACCUCCGUCAAUCUCUUCGGGUAACGCAUGUCACGAAGAAACCGCCGAAAUUCCACCGCCGCUCUCGACUGCCGCGAUUUAUCUGCAGGUGAGUCAUGUGGUUGAAUCCUGGUUUCACAACGACCUGCUCAUGCUCACUUUGUCAGAAUCGCAAAUUC